ACUUCUUCAUCCAUACCUACACGCUUGUUACUAAUCAUUGAGUUGAUUUUAUUUUUCAAACAACCAUGGAAAAUCCAUCUUCUCCCGAAGCUCCGGCUCCAAAAUAUGAGAAUCUGAUUACGGUUCUCAGCAUUGAUGGUGGUGGUAUCCGAGGAAUCAUUCCCGGCGUUAUUCUUGAUUACCUUGAGUCUCAACUUCAGGAGUUAGACGGUGAGGAUGCAAGGCUUGCAGAUUAUUUUGAUGUAAUUGCUGGGACAAGUACAGGGGGACUCGUUGCUUCCAUGUUAGCAGCUCCAAAUCCAAAGGCCAACAAUCGCCCUUUAUUUGCUGCCAAUGAAAUAGUGCCAUUUUACCUCGAAAACUCUCCACAAAUCUUCCCCCAGAAAAGGGGGGGAAUAUUCGCUCCGUUGGUAAACAUAGGGAAAGCUUUGACAGGACCUAAGUACGACGGGAAGCAUUUCCAUGAGUUGAUAAGAAACAAGUUAGGGGGCACAAAGUUGCACCAAACCUUGACGAACGUUGUUAUUCCAACUUUUGACGUCAAGAUACUUCAACCUACCAUCUUUUCCUCGUAUCAGAUGGCGAAGGAGCCAACGUUAGAUGUACUACUGUCAGAUAUUUGCAUAGCCACUUCGGCCGCUCCAACAUUUUUGCCGGCUCAUUAUUUUACAAAACAAGAUGAACAAGGAAAAGUGAUAAAAGAAUUCAACCUUAUUGAUGGCAGUGUGGCUGCUAAUAAUCCGACUUUAUGUGCAAUUAGAGAAGUGACAAAGCAACUGAUAAGGAAGGGAAAUGGGGGAAUUAGUAUCAACCCUUUGGAGUAUAGUCGUUUUCUUGUUCUCUCAAUAGGGACUGGAUCAAACAAGAGUGAGCACAAAUACAACGCUAAGAUGGUGUCAAAAUGGGGAAUUUUAACCUGGUUAUUCAACUCUGGAUCAACUCCCAUUUUGGAUUGUUUUAGCGAAGCAAGCUUUGAUAUGGUUGACUACCACAACUGUGUGGUUUUUAGUGCGCUUCAAUCUGAAGACAACUACCUCCGCAUUCAAGACAAUACAUUAAAGGGGGAUUUAGCAUCUGUGGAUGUAGCUACUAAAGAGAAUUUGGAUAAUCUGGUCAAAGUGGGCCAGCAGUUACUGAAGAAUACAGUUACGCGGGUGAAUCUAGAUACGGGUCUCUAUGAACCAGUUCCAGAUAAAGGCACCAAUGUGGAAGCACUCAAAAGGUUUGCAAAAUUACUUUCGGAGGCAAGAAAGGGGAGAAAGUCCAACUCACAAUGACAAGAAGAUGGGAAGUAAAUGAUCGCCAGCUGAAUGAAGAAAAUAAUUGUUGCCGAUAUUCAAACUUAAAUUCUAUUGAUAGUAUAAACAUUAUUUCCAUUGUUGCCUAAUUAUAAAUUGUCAUGCUUUAAUAUAAGUUGUCA